AUGAAGCAGCAAAAAACUAUAAACUCGACCGUUUUAAGGACACUUUAUGAUGGACACAUGAAUGAAAAAGUUAUUCAAUUUGAAAAGGGUGAGAAAAAAAAAAAUUUCUAUGAACUUUUUAUGACAAUAAAAAAUAAGCCAAAAGCUUGUUUGAAGCUUUCGGGAUGUGAGAAGAAAUUUAUUUCCUCGUCACAUUUAGGGAUACACAAGAAGGAAGAAGAAAAAAACUUCAAAAGUAUUGACGAGAAGGAAGAGAAAAACAUCUCGCACAUUUUUACUUCAAUAGAUCAACAACGUCAUUAUUGGGAUUUCAUGAAAUUGAAGAUUAAUGUAUCUUGA